AUGGAGGAGUUGGUGAUAGAACAUGGACAACAAUUCACAUCAUCCCGCGUUGAGCCGACGCACGCGACCCAUUUUUCCCAAUUGUUGAGUUCUCGUCAAAAUAACACAAAUGCUAGUGGUUGGCGAUCUAUCUAUUCUAUGAAAGAUAUUUCUAGUUGCAUUGAGAAAAUACAGCCUGUAGGAUAUAACGAAUCUCUGUCCCUCUUUUCUACAUUGCAUGUUGUCGCGUUCAGUUCCGGAUAUUCCUUAGGCAGUGCCAACUGGUUGCUAGAGACAAGUUUUAAGAAAAUUGCGUUCUUAUCUGACUCUUCGCUUCAUUCAACACUACAUCCAGCACCAAUGGAUACAUCUAUUCUAGAAAAUGCGGACGUGGUUGUUGUCGGCGGUUUAAAUGAGACGUCUAUAGCAGAUGAAGAACAAGAAGAGGGCUCCUCAUCGUCCUUUGAUAAGGCCAAGUCAAAAUUAUUGGUUCAAAUCGCACGUACAAUACAGGCCCAACGCAAUUUUGUUAUUGUAACACCUUCUACUGGUCUUUUAUUUGAUCUGAUCGGUGAUAUCAAUGAAUAUUUCAGAUCGAUUGGUAUGGAAAUAGGUGGUGAACAACACCAGACGCCCAUUUACGUCGUCAGUCCUAUUGCUGAUCAAAGUUUGAAAUAUGCUAAUAUUUGCGGUGAAUGGAUGAACGCUGGUCGUCAUGAUUUAUUGUAUCUACCGCAAAUGCCAUUGGCGCACGGUGGACUCAUGGCUACGGGAGGUGUGGUAACCGUCAAUUCAUUGGAAGCGACUACAACUUCAACUACAAACAAAUUAUUGCGCAAGCCUUGCAUUGUGUUUACAGGUGAUUCUAGUUGUCCACAAAAAGGUUUUCUAUCGUGGUUCUUAAAGCAUUGGGGAGAUUCAGAAAUGAAUAUGUGCGCAAUGAUAGGUAAGAAAAAGGCAUUUUCACUAGUACAUUAUAUACCCGCUUACUGUAAAAUGAGCGUCAUUAAUAUACCUCUGGAUACGCGCUUGAGAUUACAAGAUAUACCACCCUUAUGCAUUCCUCAUUGGCAUCAUCAUGAAAACAACAUUAAAUAUUUAUUGCUUCCCAAAAUAAUGCACAGUCAUAUAAGUGAAUCGCCCAUUGAAACAAUGGAAAAUAAGAUGACACAAGUGCAAUAUUUUAAACCAGGGGAAGUCAUUAGUAUUGAUAUUAAUAGGAACUGGGAAAGAGUGUCUGUGAGCGAAAAGUUGGCAAGGACCAUUGAACCCACGAUGCUACCAAGUCAGGAUGGCAGAGUGCCCAUGUCUGCCUGGGCAUCCAUCAAAGGCACUCUAAACUACUACAACAACCGCCUGGAAAUUCAACCUAGUCUCAAUUUAGAGGACGACGAAUCUGUGGUAUUGAAUAACCAAAGUGAUUACCAGCUAAACAUAGAGUUGAGCACUAUUAUGAAGAAGUUUGAAGAGGUAAAAAAAUAA